AAAGCUGUAGUAUAGGACGUGGGUAAAGUGAUUAAUUGAUAAGAAUUAAUAGGAAUUGUAUCAAAAUAACACCAAAAAAGAGAUGUCCAGUGUUUUGAAAAUACUCGCAAAACACUUUUGUAUAAAAUGUAAAUGAAAUCCGUAGUGUAGUUAUAAAAAUGCUGAACGUGACGGAGGGCCCGGUGGCGCAGCGCUGGAACUCCACGCUGCUGGAGGACGUCAAGAUCGACAGCGACUUCGCGUUGCUGGUGGUGUCGCUCAUGUCGGCGGUGCUGUGGAUCGUGUACAUCACCUACUACAACAGCCGCGUGCUCGGCUACAUCCUCACCCGCCUCAUCAAUAGGUUCUAUUUCCAAGAUGAAAACUUCAAAAUUGGCUCCUUCACCCUGAACGCGCUCUCCGGCAAGAUCAUGUUCCGCGACAUUGUGUACGUGACCUACGACUACACGCUGCGCGUGCAGGACGGCUACCUCAUCUUCCGCUGGUGGCGCAGCUACGUGCCCAAGGAUGUUAGUGAAGACUUAUCCCACUCGGACACCCGGCUCUCCAUAAUGCUGAACGGGUUCGAGCUGCACGUGUACAACCGCUGCGAGCUGUACAGCGAGCUCGAGAAGACGUUCGGGCUGGAGCCGCUGGUGAAGCUGCGGCAGGACGACGCGGGCCUAGAGCGCGCCAUGAACCACGCCAACGAGAAGAGGCGGCGGGCGCGAGACACGGUCCGGUCCGAGGCCGCCAUGGCGCGGACCUGGAGGGACCUCAUCCCCGUCAUUAAAGUAGAUAUCGCAACCUCCCGCAUCGUCUUCGGCAACCGUUUAGUCCCCACGACGCUCUCUAUCGGCGUCGAGGAAUCGCAUCUAGUGUACAGCACCAAACCGCCAGCGUCCAGCCUCGACCAUCUCAUGCACUUCGUGAAGGCGAAGGCGGAGAACUGUAAAGUUAUGUUAGCUCCUAGUCCGAACUACACUGCCAUGGUGGACGAGCCGCCGAGAUAUAUGGGUGAAGGUUUUGUUGUGAUGAGUUCUAAUUAUAUAGAGGUGUAUUUUUAUAUGGACGAGCCGGGUUUAGUGCCGGAACAGCCCGUGCUGCUACGGUUAGCUAACGGAGAUGUCGUGGAAUCGGCGCCACCCAUUUGGGGAGUCGAUAUCAAAUGUGGGAAAGGAACAGAUUUCAGCUACGGGCCGUGGGCGGACAGGCAGAGGGAUCACCUGUUCAAAUUCUUCUUUCCACCCAAUUAUAAGAGUUUGGAAGUGACGCCGCAGCCGAAACCGGGAGAUUUGAGGCAGAUGCAGUCUUUCGACAUCCGACUGUCGACGCUGAACGAGGCUACCAUCGACAUACUGUUCACGAAGAAUAAAGAAACGAACGCCGUACAUAUAAACAUCGGUGCCGGCUCGUACCUGGAGGUGACCCUGCCCUGGAUCGUGCUGCAAGACGGAUACACGACGAAGAUAACCGGCCAGCUGCUGCAUCUAGAGGCCACCACCAGUCUGCAGUACAGGAGCUUGGCGGAAAGCGAAACGCUGGAGUACACGGUCAAGUGCCACUACCCCCUAGUGUGGAACCACCACCAGUGCUGGCAGCUCGGGCUCACUGGCUGCAAGGCCACCGCCCACCUGGUCUACACGCACAUCGACUUCAUCCAGGAUCUCAUCAACGACUGGUCCAACAAGUCCCGACCGGACAUACUCCACUUCGUUCCUUACACGUGGAAGAUCUCCCUCCUGCUCAAGGAAUGCGAAGUGGUGACCGUCAGCAAUCAGUACAACUGGAUAGACUGCAGCUCCACGAACCAAGAGAACAACCACGUGGCCUUCUGCGGCGACCUGCUGGACGUGGCGUUCGACCUGCCCUUCGUGGACUUCCUGCCCGACGUCAUCCCGCUGAAGAUCUGGAUCCAGGGCGAGGCCGUCGACAUGAGCCUGUACCUGCCCGAGGUGAACACGUCCCGGCCGCUGCUGCUGUCGCUGGACAAGAACAUGAAGCUGGUCCCGUGUCGGCUAAAAGCGUCCAAAUGGAGGAGAAAGUGCGUGAAAUCUCAGGGUUGGGUGGAGUGCUGGUCGGUGCCGAUAGUGGCACUGAGCGUGCGCUACAACUACCACCCCGUCGCACCGCUCGGACCCGAGCCUCAAGCGGACAUCACCACACCAGAGAAAGAGGAAAUCCUGCUUUCCCCCAUGAGAAUACCCCGGAUGAGGAAACAGCCGCCCAUGAACUGGACGAUGGACGGGAGCGCCUUCGACCGCGCGUCGCUGCCGCCCGACAAGGUCAGCGUCGAGCUCGAGGUGGGGCCCUCCAUCCUGCUCGCCUACGGUACCAUCAUCACCAGCUUCAUGAACUUGCUGGAGAACAUCUUCGGCGAGGAUCAGACCUUCACGGACAUGCAGAAGACGCCCAAUUUGGAGACGUUUUUCUGGUCUAGCGAGAACACUCCCAAGCCGGAUCGGAGUAGUAUCAACCAGCACGGAGACAUAUCCUUAGAUAAUACUAGUGAUUCCAGUAAAGACGCCUUCGACCCGCGACGAUAUCGACCUUUGGACGUGACCGUGUCGAUAAUAAUCCACGACAUUCAGGCACAUUUAGUAAAGAAUUGCAGCGAAAACGAACCUCCCUGCCCGGUCAUACUGAUUGAGAGGUUCGGCUUCGAAAUGGAUAAGAGCUUCAAGGAGACUAAGAUGCAACUCCUUCUGAGCCCUUCCAUUCUAGUCUCGGCGAAUAAUCUGUCACGAACCAACCCCAACAACUCGGGAGCUCUAUACCAGGGCCAUCUGAUGCUCUCGUCUUUCCAGUUACGGGGGCACGGGUUCUUUAGCGACACCAACCGAUCUGUCGAAGAAGAUACCAUAGAAUACGCCUGGAUGAUGGAACUCCAGCUCGGUCAGCUGACCGGUCGGUUGACGCUUCCGCAGCUCUACCAGAUCGUGUCAUCCCUCGAGACUUUUCUACUCCUCAUCACAGACAGUGAAAACGAACUAAUUCCGCCUAAUUCAACAAAACAGUGCCACCACGGCAUGAACAGCAACAUUUGUCCGGAGACGGAUGUGGCGCUGAAAUAUCGGUGCCCGACCACUAACGAAAUCAAAUACAAGAUGAUCCGAGUCGCGAUAGACUUGAUAGACAUUUACGUCGCGGACACGAAUACGACGCUUCAAACCUGGAUUUCUCCCGUAAGACUAAGUUUGUGCAACCUGCACGGCGCCGGGUUCGGCAACGGGCUGACGGGGCUGCUGCCGAACAUAAAGCUGGCGCUGUUCACGCAGACCAACAUGCAGAGCAACUCGCACCACGCCUCCAACGGCAGCAACAGCAGCCAGAACAAACUGCCUGAAAGCGAGAACUGGGUCGGCGUUGGAUCUGUGUCGUUGGGACCAGUUUUACUCGAAGCGGCUUCAUCGUUACCACAAAGCCCAAGGAAUCUACAUUUGGUGCAGCAGAAAUUCUUGAAGCUCCAUGACGAGAAAACUAAACGGCUGUGGUUCAUGUGGCCAAAUGAAGGCAAGACCGCCGUGUGCGGUUGCAUAGGCGGCUGUGCAUUCUUCGGUUCAAAUAGGAACGGAGCGAACUUCUUGAAGCCGAACCCUUCGGAUCUCCAGGACGGCAUCAACGUAGCGAUGUUUAAUAUAAUAGAGACGACGCCCGGCGAGUACGGCUACGGACAGAGCUUGCUGCAUCCUGAACAGUUGGUGUUCCACACCCCGCCCUACGACAGCCUCAAUGUGUGCCUGCAGCCAUCCAACACCUCGACUCUUAUUCCUUCGCCGCUGCCGCAGAACCUUAACAAAUCCCCGCAGAGUACAGAACGCAGAAGUUUGACUCGACGGUUCUCGUACACCAGUAUGGGCAAAGGCAGCGGCAACGUACUAGUUUCGAGCACCAAGAGUGAUGUGCCCUACGCCCGUCUGGUCGACUCCACAGUCCCUCUAGGCAGUACAAAGAUCGAUAGCGAUUCCAAACUCCACAAGAGCAUACUGAGUGUUCCUCAGAUGGAAAGCAGCGUAUCCGAUUCAAAGUUAGCUCUAAGCUGCACAGUAAAAGACAAUACCAACCUGAACAAGAAAGUGCCCGCGCAUACGGACGUUGAAUCGUUUGUGGUCCCGAAAGUGCCUACGCGAAGCGUCGCCGUGUCCGAGUCUCAUUACUCGUUGAACUCGCACCCGGCGCCGCACGAGGAAGCCAUUCCCCUGGAAGUGCAGAGAACCAUGUCGAUUACGAGUGAGAACCACUCGGAAGCCUUCUUCUCCGCGGACGAAGACAUGUUCCCGAGCCGAUCUUCGAGUCUCAAGCAUUCCUUCGGUAGCCGCCACAGCAACCCUAAAGACAAGAGCUCCUUUGGCAUUAAUGACAUCACGAACGAGAAGUGGACGAACUCCAUGCCGAGGUCGGAAGCCGUGGACGGUCCGGACACGAUGAGCAACUUGAGCACGGGCGCUCAGCCGGACUCCGAAAGUGGUUCCGUAUCGUCCACCUCUUUCAUUUCCGCCAUUUCGUCGCAGGAAGACAUGACGCUGGUAAACCUGCACAUGCAGACCAACAAGCCCAUCGUGGACUCUCCUCUUCUGAUGGCCAGCUACAUGCAAAACCUUCCGCAGUACAAAUGUACCAACUGGAGCACCUGCUCCCUCCCGAGCGGCACCGAUGUCUUCACAUUACCGUUGUUCAAACGUGCGGACGAUGGCUCAUUGAUAUACGUGGGCCAGAAAUAUUUGCCCAAGUUCGAGCCUUUCGGAAAGAAUCAUAUCAUGAAGCUAGUCUCCAAGAAAGAGGAUCACACGAGCCAAACUCAGCACGGACCUUUUUCAAAUUUAACUCCACACUUCAAUAAUCAAAUCAAGGCUCAUCCAUACCCACAAGGUUGGUGGGACUUACAGCAAAACGUGGAUAACCAAGAGAACAAGGAACAGAGUACCUCUUCGACGGCAACCACUACCAGUGACAGCAAAAGUGGUCUGUCCGUUAAACUGCGAGGGGAAAUCGACAUCAUGCUCACUCCUCUAGUCCUCGAGAGUACACAGAGAUUCGUCGAGUCCCUCACGCCUGUUCUAGCCAACAUACAUCCCAUAACCGUGAUCAACCAUCUGCGACUACUCUGUAUCUCAUCGGUGCAGAGCGCAAAUGUCUUGAAACAGAAACAGUACGCUUCCAACUGGCUUCCAUACAUGCAAACUCGUAACCAGUCUAACAUAGCCAUCGAUAAGGACGACAAAUGUAAAUUAGCUACUAUACCCCACUCUAAUGUGUACGAAGAGACAAUCUGUGACCAGCUCCAAGCCACAGUCACAGUUCCGAAAGUUAACGUAAUCUUCAUUCAGUCUUCAGUGGUGGAAGACAUGAUAUCGUUCUCAGCGUUAGACAACAUCCAGGACUUGACGUGCGUGUCUCUCUUUGGCGUCUCCGUAGAGAACAUCACGGCGAAAUACGUCAGUUCGAAGACGACGCUAGAAUCUGUACAGUUGUACUACAGACCGACGCUUCGAGCGCUCGGCAGCAAGAAGUCGUUCGGUAUAAUGAAGGGUCUGGGUGGAAGGGCGCUGAUCUCCGCGCAGGGCAGCGGCAGGAAGAGGGGUCCGGAGAGAGGAGACCCCGUAUACAUCGAGACUUCGCAGCAACAGUGCGAGGACACUACCAUCACGCUCAGUGUGGGCAAAGUGCACGGGCAACUGAGACGCAUCCGCAACGACCCGUCCCAACUGAAGGAGGCGACCAUCACCGGCAUCCCGAGCCAGCACUCCAAGGUCGCCUUCAAGUUCGUCAAGGUGGACCCCGGGGCCAACACGUGCGAGGCUGCGUGCUGCCAGAACGGUGCAACAGACGCGCAGAAGGAAAAUGCCAUCGGCUAUAUCAUGUUCGAGUGCGGCCUCGAGGGCAUCACCAUCAAGGUAUCCCAACACGCCCAAACCCACAAACCGGAUGAAAAACCCAAACUCGAGCCGGAGAGUUGCCGGGAGUCCGUCAAAUCCGCAGAGGAACUGAAGCCAGAAAAAGAGAAGACUAAACCCAGGUCGUCCGGCCUCGAGGACCUGUUCAGGAAGCGCGACUCCGGCUCCAAGCCCAGCACCCCCAACCUGAACAACUCGCAGCCCGCGCCUGCGCCUGCGCCGGGCCCAGAACCGUCCCCGCCCGGGCCGGAGGAGCCGUGCGCCGACAGCCAGACGGCGCUGGUGCCGCUCAAGGACAACGGCAACUCGUCGUCGUGCGCCGUCGACCUCAAGCUGGUGUGGUUCAACUUCGCCGCGCCGCCGCGCACGCCCAUCACCAAGAAGAUCGACUACACCAGACUGGACUGGAACCUCCUGAGCACGGCAUCGCCGGCCAUCAACGCGUGGAUGAACCCGUGCAACCGGCUCGGCAUCCGCGUGGUGGCGCUGUACCGUGCGCACGCGCGGCGCCUCACGGCCACGGCGGCGAGCCUCAUGGCGGCCGCGCUGGACCUGGCCCCGCACCACACUCUGCCCAAGAGCCGCUACGGGCGGCACACGCCGAUGGCCAAGCAGCUCCGCGAGGAGCCGUCGCUGCAGCUGUGCUGCGUGCUGCUGCGGUACGCGCUGCAGGCGGACGCGGCGGCCGUGCAGGCAGACCUGGCCGAGAGACAUCUGCCCAAACUUUCUACGUUACGACAGGGCGUGAUAGUCCUCAGCCGUCAGUGGAAGAACAUCCUGUAUACGCCGUUGCUACUGGAACACAACUACAAGAGCAAAGUUAUGAAGCCGCUCAACGUGACCUUCGCUCUGCCGGAGCUCAUUGAGGACUCGGUAGAAGGCUGGCAAGAGUACCAGGUGGACACCGAGGUCCUGGACGAGAACUGUCUGCUGCUGAACCUCGACACCGACAAGGUGGAGGUGCCCGCGCGCGCGGCGGCCGGCCGCGGCAGCCUCGCGUUCCCCUCGCUACCAUUCUCGACGCGCAAGCCAACAUUCCAUGAUGACGCCAUCGCUAAUUACGGCACGCUGAAGGAGGACUUCCCGGCGGUGGGUUCGAAUCCGUCGCUGUACUCGCCGCACGGAUCAGAUGACAACCUCAAGAACGACCGCGCCAGGGAGGACCUGUACCAGUGGAUGGCCAAGCAGGAACCCAUCAAAGUUGAGUCCAAGACGAAGAAGCCCAUGAUCCCGGCGUCAAAGAUGAACCCCCGCGCCAUGGCGGCCGCUCUCCCGGCCUGCAGCCUCUACCCCCUGCAGGGAUCGCUGAUGCUCCUGGACGCGCACCUGGUGUUCCAGCCGCUGCUGGGCGCGCUGGGCGUGUGUCCGCAGCAGGUGGCACAAGGCGAAUCAAAGAACAAGUCCGGCGCGGAAGGCUCAGGUGCCUCCCCGGCGCUGGAAUCCCUCGGGUCCAAGCUGUCCCUGGGCGGCAUCAUCGACGUGUUCCGCAUCGACAUCGUCGUCAGCGAGCUGAAGCCGCGCCGGCACCCGACCAAGGGGAAAGGUCAGCCUUCGCACAUCGACAUCCCCUCUGAAACGCCAGCUUUCCUGUGCGAGAAAGUGUCCAUCGACGUGGACCUGAAGAAGGUCGCCGACAUGGCGGUGGACGACCUCAUACAGCGUCAGAAUGUGCUCUAUAUAUCAAGGGGACAGCUCAAGAAACAUAUCAGCACUAUGCUCAACUUCAACAUCAGCGUUCGAUUUAUAUCACAACAGGUGAACAUGCCGCUGCUACGCCUGCUGCACCAGAUCAGCAACAUGUACCAGAACGUGAAGGACACGCAGAUCGAGCUGCGCACGCAGACCAAGAUCUCGCACCGGCAGAGCAAACACGCUGCUGACUCGGUUUCAGACUUCCGCGAGAACCUCGUGAGCGUGUCCUCCCUCGACAAGGAGAGUCAAUACGCCACGCUCGACCCCAAGUGGGAGCUGCGCACGCGCACCCCCAACCCCGAGGCCGCGCCGCCGCCGCUCGCGCAGCAGAAGCUGGCCGGAGGGAAGAGGCCGCAGAGCUUCGCGCAGAAGCUGAGGUCCACGGGGAAGAGCGUUAAGGGGAAAUUGGGCUACAGCUCGCUGAACGAGGGCGCGCACACGCCGUACUCCGCUCGGGAGCCGGACAUCGAGGUGCGGCCGCGGCGUCCGCCCCCCCUGCCCGACCUGACCCCCCUCCCCACCCUCCCCUCCCUCCCCCCGCUCCCGCCCCUACCCGACGACGGCUCGCUGGCGCCGCGCUGCUGGCGGACCGUGUACUCGCUGCUCAGUCUGUACGCGGACAUGCCGGACGCGCACACUAUCACACACAGGUUUUCUGUGACGACGGAGCUGCCGGAACAGUACCGCACGAGCCGGCCCGCCCGCCCCGCCUCCCGCGAACAGAACACCAGCACCUCCUCCUCCAGCGGGGCGGGGAUGGGCAUCGUCGUCAUGGGAGUCGCUAGGAUCCAUCGAACCAGACUGCUGGCCUCCCUGUCCGGGCUGAAGCUGGAGGCGGAGAUCACGUCGCUGCACGCGUCGCUGCAGGCGUCCCGCGCGCGGCAGUGGGCGCUCACGGGCGUCGUGGGCCGCAGCAUGAUCGUGCUGCUCGAGGGCGGGGCGCCGAACCACCAGACGGUGGUGCGCGUGUCGGUGGGCAAGUCGCAGGCGCUGUACUCGUGGGAGGCGGGGCGCGUGGCGGCGGGCGCGGCGGCGCUGGUGACGCUGGGCGGCGUGCGCGUGGACCUGCCGCAGCACCCCGUCGCGCUGCACGGCGUCAUGACGCGCUCCAGCCGGCAGCUCUCCUCCACGCUACAAGAGCUGGGCGUGACGCGCACGGCGUCGCGCACGUCCCGCGGGGCGGAGGCGGAGGAGGAGGGGGCGGGGACGCGCAGCCCGGGGCCCGCGCCCGCCCCGCCGCCGCGUCCCCGCCCCGCGCCGCCGCUGCCCGCGCCCCGGGUGCAGUUCAAAGUCGGCCUGCAGAGUCUGAGCAUCACGGCGGCUCUGCUGCCGUCGCUGCAGGCCCAGUACAAGAUGGAGCACGUUCAGAGUUCGGGCGUAUCGGGAAGAAAGGCACAUUUCACAGUGGACUUACCGCAACACUCGCUCAGCUUCGUCACUAAAUUACAGGUGUCGGAGGCGAACAUCCCGUCGUCAGCCAUCGUAGCGCUGCCCGCCGCUCACGUGGCCGCCCGCGUUUUAGAAGAUGCACCCAAUGGACAGACGGCGGCCGAGGCCCCGGACGCGCCGGGCGUGGUGCUGCGCGCCGGCCGCUACCUGUACGCGACGGCCGACAUCGGCCUGUUCGAGCACACGCUCUCCACCGACCUGCUCAACCACCUGGUCUUCGUGCAGAAGGUGUUCAUGAAAGAAGUGAACGAGGUGGUGCAGAAGGUGUACGGCGGCGAGAAGCCCGUGCCGCUGUGGGGCGAGGAGGAGGCCUCCGCCUCGCCGCUCCACAGGAUACUCUUCUCUUUGCUUAUUAGGAUCAAGCGCAUCCAGCUGACGGCGACCACCCCGAGCAACUCGGCGGUGCGGCUGGAGACCGGCGCGGUGGAGCUGGAGCUGUCCAACCGCGUGCAGAACGUGCAGCCCGCCGAGCCGCACUCGGUGCGGCUGGAGACCGGCGCGGUGGAGCUGGAGCUGUCCAACCGCGUGCAGAACGUGCAGCCCGCCGAGCCGCACUCGCUGCGACUGUUCGCCCGGGCGCAGGUGGACCUGAACUUGAGUUUAGGGCAGCUGAUCCGCAACGCCAUGUUCGAAGAGGCCGAGCCGGAGUUCCAGCAGUACGCCUUCUUCAACACCAGGAUAGCCAUGCGCAACGCGUUCCAAGAGGAGAUGGUGAGCGGCGAGGACAAGGAGGUGGUGCUGACCACGCUGAAGCGGCCGCUCGUGUACGUGCAGCCCGUGGCCGUGGACCGCGCCAUCCUCGUGUGGCUCAACUACAAGAACGCCUACGAGUACUGGAGCGAGCAGCGCCGCAGCCUCAACAAGGAGGUGCUCGCCGCCACGCAACAGCUCUUCGAGAAGGUCCAACUGACAUCCCAAAUAACGCCGCCGCACGUGAGCACCCUGUUCCUGCAGCUCGACGUCGACGACAUCGGGAUAUGCAUACCGCUCAACCAACCACCUGUGGCAACGUGGGGCCGCGGAGUGUACGAGUGCGAGUCCCGCGGCGCGGUGGUGGUCACGCUCGAGAGCACCAGCAUCUCUGCGUGUUCGUCGGGCUCGCUCGUCAGCAAGGGCCGCUUCGUAGGGCUCUGCCUGCGCUUCGCGGACGACUUCGAGACGUCCCUCGACGACUGGAAGCCGGACCCCGACCAGAGCGCCAUCAACGUGUGCUGCGUGUCUGAGGGGACGUACGAGGUGUGCAGCCGCACCACCGCCUCCAAACACAACGAGAACGCGAAAUGGUUCCUGAACGUUUCCUGGCAGAUGGAGGGCGUGGACAUCCACCUGGACGUGAACGUGGGCAAGCAGCUGUCGGCGCUGGGGCACACGCUCACCAUGCUUACAGGUUUUGAAGAAGAAGAUCCUCUCAAAAUGGACUAUGAAAGUGAUUUGGACGACGAGGCAGACAAUAGCAAAGAUUCACAGGAGAGCAUAAUCCUCCGGCGUAAAUACACCGACCAUCUCCCGGCGUUCGUGUUCGACACCACCAUCGACGCCAAGAAGCGCUCCAAGCUCAUCGAGAAGGAGAUGAACGAGCAGGCCAAGAUCAUCAACGACCUGCGGACGCUGGGCGCCAGCCACAGCACCAUCGAGUACGAGAUGAAGAGGCUGCACGACCUCGAGGCGCUGGUCUUCAAGGACUUCAGACGAGACAUGAUCCAGAAGCUCCGCCGGCAGAGCGUCCGCGCGAGCACCAUCACCAAGGGCAAGCUCGGGCUCGGCUCCAACCGCUCGCGCUCCUUCGUGGCCCCGGACCCGCCCGUGGACUUCCCGGAGACGGACGAGCCGAGUCCGACGGCGGGGAACGUCGGCGACUCGGGGGAGACUCUGCUGCCGGGCGACGAGGACGACCGCCUGGCCGACAUCAUAGAGGGGGGCUCCUGGAGCUCCAUGGAGAGCGAACCCCUCACGGGUCCCUCGCGCUCGGCGUCGCUGCGCGGGGUGCGCGGGCACUCGGGCGGGGCGCGCGCGGUCUCGUUCCAGCCCGCGCCCGUGCAGCGCCAGAGCUCGCUGCCCGCGCAGCCCGACCGCCGGCCGCAGCUCCACGACGCGCCGCGGCCGGACCCGGUCCAGCUGCGACGGCGGGAGGGGGCGCCGACGUCGGAGGCGGCGGGCGCGGAGGGGAGGAGCGGCAAGGCGAAGACGGCGGAGCCCAACAUCGACUUCGAGCUGGACGUGAAGGUGCACAUCAACAGCGGGAAGUGCGUGCUGCACACCAAGGAACCCUCCAAGGAUGACGAUCUUAAGAUCUCGGGGUCGCGCACGCGCGUGGGCCGCUCGGCGUCGGGCGGGCUGGGCGAGCCGCCGGGGUCGCGCGCCCCGCGCCACGCGCCCGCGCCCGACCUCACCGUGUUCCGCGUGCCGGGGCUCGACCUCAAGGUCCACUACGAGUCCAAGACCGUCCCCGAGGAGUGGGCGGCCGCGCCCGCGCCGCGCAAGGGCGGCAAGAAGGCGGCGCUGUUCGCGUGGAUCACGGUGCAGAGCAUCCCGGAGGAGACCGUCAUCGGCCCGCACAUCCUGGAGUUCCUGGAGCGCACGCUGGAGCCGAUCCCGACGAAGGCCUCCUUCCCCGCGCCCCCUCCAGAAACGGAGACGGGCGACCGCUCUCAGUCGGCGGAGGCAUCGUACGGACAGUACGUGUACGCGUCGUUCCCCGUCGACGUGAUCGUGCAGUUCCACAUGCAGCCGUCCACCUUCCGCUUCUCCUGCCUCCCGGCCUCCCGGGUCGAGUGCCUGCUGCAGCUGCCCUCGCUGAGGAUCGUGUUCAGCUCCAAGCGCGCCCUAGAUGAGGCCGGUCUCCCCGCGGUGGCGAUGGGCGGGCUCAGCGUGACGGGCUGCCUGGCCGACUUCUCCGUGUACAUCUUCCACCCGUACGGCGGCAAGAAGUCCAGCCUGAAGGAGCCCCAGUGGUCGCCAUUGUCGGACACUGAGCGGAAAGACUCGUUGAGCAUCAACGUGGAGUUUGUCAAGUUCCAUCUGUCGCGGUCGAGGAAGUUGGACUUUCAGACGGAGCAGGAUCAGUCCAAGGCGACUGUGAGGUUUUCGACGAUCGUGGACGUAGGCUCCGCGUGGUUCAAGUACGACAUGCGCCGGCUCGGGGAGAUCCUCGCCUUCCCCAAGGCUUGGUACCGGCGGACCAUAGUGCGCAGGAUGUUCCUGGGGGACCUCAACGUGGAGGCCAGGCCUGCAAGCAACAACGUUCCGAUAUCCCCUGUUCUACCACAAAGAGAGAAGAAGACUUUAGACAUACAGAAACCCAAAGACCCCGGCGCGACGACGGCGGGCAACGCCGCGUGGGAGACGCUAGUGCUGUUCGCGGUCAACUUUAAUAAGCUCAACGUGCACAUGAACAUGGGCAACGUCAUGGGGAAUGUCAGCUGGCAGAGCCGCGACUUCAACUGCACGGGGCGGCUCAGCAUCGGCAGCAGCGGGCACCGCAACAUGCUGGUGGGCGUGGCGCUGGCCGGCUCCUCCCUCGACGCGCGCGGCGGCAUCGUGGGCGGCGCCAUCUCGCUCGCCGACAUACACACAUACGUGCACAUAGAGGAAGAGCCCGGCAGCAGCCCCGGGCACUGGUGCGGGGUGCGCCUGGCCGCGCUGGAGCUGCGCCUCGAGUACAUGGGCGCGUCCGUGCUGCUGGCGCGCGUGUCGGCGCUGCAGUGCCGGCUGCGCGACCAGUGGCUGUGGCGCGGCAAGCGCCCGCCCGGACACAAGCCGCACACGCACAGGCCGGCGAUCAUCCUGACGCACGGCACGCUGUGCUGGCAGCAGCUGCAGCUGCUCAUGAGCCGCAGCACCACCCCCGACCUGCUGAAGAUGCAGUACAAACUGGAAGAGUUCUUCACGCAGCAGUUCAACUCCUCGCGCCGCGUGCUGUCCGCCUUACACCCGUAUCCGGCCCGGAGACAACAGUCCAUGGCACCCGGCGCGACGGCCGGGGCUCCGGCGGCGGACAAGCCGGCGGACGGACAGGUACCCCCGGAGCUGCGCCACCACCGACACUGGCAGGAGGUGCUGCGUGCUGCCGCCGGCAUGCGGCCACAGCUGCCUACCGACGGCACGGUCCUCGGCGGCACGAUGGAGCUGCACGGCGCCAACAUCUCGCUGGCGUGCUUCCACGGGAACAGCUUCAAGGCCAAGUCCUGGGCGCUCUUCAGCCUCAAGGACCCCUGCAUCAGCUUCGCCACGGAGGCCCAGCAGCUUCCCAAUGAUGACGGUGGACUGGAAGUGAACGUCACGCAGUCCCUGACGGCGACGCUGGGCGGCAGCACCGGCGGCGGCCAGCAGUCCGUGGGCACGGUGUGCCGCAUGACGCGCGCGCUGCUCUUCCCGCCGCAGUUCAAGACUCUACGCGAGUGGUUCACCUACGCCUUCGCCAGCAGCGAGAUAGACGCCAUCGAGUCGUUCCCGUCGCUGGAGCUGUCGCGGGAGCGGGAGGCGGGCGCGGGCAACACCAACAGCGCGGAGCGGGAGCGAGAGCGCAACGCGGAGCGGGAGCGAGAGCGCAAGUCCGCCGCGCCUGCGCAGCACCAGCGCGAGGUCAUCUUCGCGCUACCGGCGCUACAGCUGCACCUCCGGACCAAGCACCGGCAGAGCCCCGCGCCGCCCACCGAGCAGGACGAGAAGCCCGUGGUGGAGUGCAGCUUCAUCACGGAGUUCGAGGACCACAUCUUCGUGUCGGUGGACGCCGAGGCGUUCCUGUUCCUGCACGAUUUAAUAUCGUCUUACAUCAAGGAGAAGGACCGCGUCACGCCGGGGUCGGGCACUCGCGCGGCGUGGGGCGAGGUGGCCGGGCCGCGUGCGCCCGCGCAGGACUACCGCGACUACCACUGCCUCACCUGGCAUCUCGAGCCCACCGUCAGACUGCUGUCGUGGGGCGGCAAGUCCAUCGAGCCGUACGGCGUGGACUACAUCCUGCAGAAGCUCGGCUUCUCGCACGCGCGCACCACCAUCCCCAAGUGGCUGCAGCGCGGGGCCCUCGACCCCCUCGACAAACUGCUCGCCCUCGCCUUGCUGCGGCUGGUAGCGCUCCUCCCAAGCAAGCCGGGAGCGAGCUAAGCACGU